AUGGACCACAAGACUUCGUCAACGAUCGUAACGCGGAGGCUGAUACGUUUCUCGUCACCUCCACCUCCAUCGUACAAUAUUGUUCCACCUUCCAUGAACGUGAUCGAGUUGGCCAAGCAGAAAGCUCAGGAGAUCGCUGCCAGACUCAUUAACACUACUAAUCCCGCCAAAAGGAAUCCAAAAAGCUAUAGUCUCCCAUCUCUAGAGUUCUUAACGACUUUGACGCCAUUUUACCAAUCAACGCUUCUCUUAAAUGUUUAUUUUCACAAUACCCAUCUUUCCCUCCCUUUUAGCGGUUACAUCAGCUUCGUGAUCCGUGUCAUUACUUUCCGAAGUGUACAGAGAUUUGGUUAUACUUGUUUUGAGUGA